ACUUAAUGCAAAUGAGCAUAGAGGAAACUGUCAGCUGCAUUAUGCGUCCGACCAAUAGAAGCACAGCUCCAUCUUGGCUGUGCACUAGCCUGCAUUACAAGCAGCCGAUACCAUCGCUUCUACAGCAUUCUUUCCAGACAAGAGAUUCUAAACAGCAGUACAAGAAGUAGAGUCUCAAGAAUGGCUUCCAGCCACUGGAAUGAAACCACAACCUCUGUGUAUCAGUACCUUGGAUUUCAAGUCCAAAAAAUUUACCCCUUCCAUGAUAACUGGAACACCGCCUGCUUUGUCAUUCUACUUUUGUUCAUAUUUACUGUGCUGUCCUUAGUCGUGCUGGCUUUCCUUUAUGAAGUACUUGACUGCUGCUGUUGCGCAAAGAACAAAACCGUGAAAGACUUGAAAAGCGAGCCAAACCCUCUCAGAAGUAUGAUGGACAACAUCAGAAAACAUGAUAGCGAGGUGGUCUAGCCCUCCACGAAGAUGAACAAAAGCUUUAAAAACAGCCUUCUGCCUCUUCUAGAGAAAAUGAAAACUUCCUGAAGCCAACCAUUACUACAAAAUUGAUUCUGACUUUGAACAGCUAAAAGAUUUCUAGAAGAGAAAACAAGUGAAAUGUGCACUUUUGUGUGUGUGUCCUUUAAAUAUACAGUUCAGAAUACAAACUUACCCGUCUACUUGAUAUAGCAUUUCAAAAACGAGAUGAACUAUUCCCAGCAUUCACUACUAGGAGUACUAAGCAAUAGUACCCUAGUUUCCAAGCAAAACGUAAAGAGUAAGCAGAGCUAACUGCUAAAAUAAGUAACUUGUACAAGGUCACACAGAUUAAAAAGUAGUGUUUAGGUAGCAAAAUUCUACUUAAAAUGUGCCUCUCAACCCAGAGUAAAAUAUCCCACUACAAAGCCCCCUUGCUAAAGCAGGAUGAAGGGGCAUGAGAUAGUCUUGAUAAGUAGCCCAGGCUAACCUCAAUCUUGCAGCAACCAUACUGCUUCAGCCUCCAAAGUGAUGGGAUUACAGGCAUAUGCCACCAUGGUUCAAAGUCCCCGUUUAUUGAAAAUCCAGAACUGUAAAUCUGAUUGAAGACAAUAUAUUUUUAAUGACUUGAUUUUCACACAGAAUUAGGGUUAAUAUGUAUGUUUAGUGUACCUCACAAUAUACAUAAGAUUCCAACAAACGGGCUGGAGAGAUGGCUCAGUAGUUAAGAGGACUGCUUGUUCUUCCAAAGGUCCUGAAUUCAAUUCCCAGCAACCACAUGAUACCUCACAACCAUCUGUAAAGAGAUCUGGUGCCCUCUUCUAGCCUGCUGGCAUAUAUGGAAGCAGGAUAUUAUAUAUGUAAUUAAUAAAUCUUAAAGAUUCCCACAAACUAACUUGCUUUUGGUCUAGAAGAGGCCCAGGUAGUUCAAAACUGAAACAACUAUAUGCUGUAAAUUACAUUUCUUGAGAGCAUUUUUAUUUUUACUUCUCUUAAUCACUUGUAUCAAGACCUAAAGAUACUCAGUGAACAAAAAACUGCUAUGAAAGAUGAAAAGCUUUUGCUAGAGCUGACAGAGUUUGGGGUUUGGUUUUGUUCAUUUUGAGAUGCAGCCCAAGCUGGCCUCCACUCCCCAGGUAAUGGGGCUACAGGCUUACAGUACCACACCUGGCUCUAAUAAUAAUAGUAUUAGAGACAAUCAACACCUAUUAAGAACUGUGGCAGUAUGGGGUUGGGAGAUCACUCAGUAGGUAAAGCACUCGCCAUACCAUGAAGACCUAAAUUCAGAUCCCCAGAACCCGCAGAAGGCCAGCUGCUUAUGGCUGUAAUCCAUCAGUUAUAUAGAGAAAGAACCAAGACAACCUCCUGAAGCUUAUGUGCCAGGUAGCCAGGGAACACAGCAACAACAAGAGACCCUGUUUCCAGACCGAAGACAAGGACAGACACCACAGUUGUCUUCUGGCCUCUAUACACAUGCCACGGCACAAGUGUGCACACACAUUUUUUUUUUUAAUGUGGUAGUUUUAUGCCAGGUGUGGUGGCACAUGCCUGUGGUCCCAACAAUCAUGAAGCAAAGGCAGGAAGGUUGCCUUAAGACCAAGGCUAGCCAGACUCUAGCUCAAAAAGGAAGGAAGGAGGGAAAGUGAGGAAGAGAGGAGAAAGACAGAAAAAAAAAAAAUCUGUCUCUCAACACAGGGUUUCUCUGUAUAGCACUGGCUGUCCUGGAACUUACUCUGUAGACCAGUCUGGUCUUGAACUCACAGAGAGAUCUGCCUGCCUCUGUCUCACGGAUGCUGGGG